AUGGCUACCAAUGGAUCCAACACGAUGGUGGCCAACGGAAAUGCUGUUGAGCACAUUGGUGCUGUAAAGCUUGACCCCUGGCUCGAACCAUUCGAGGAUGUCAUCAAACGCCGCCAUGGCAUGGCGGAGGACUGGCUCAAGAAGAUCGAGCAAAGCGAAGGGUCGAUUGAGAAGUUUACGAGGGGCACCGAGGUGUACGGAUUCAAUGUGAAGCCAGACAACACGAUCGUGUAUCGUGAAUGGGCUCCAAACGCAACGGCUGCAUUCCUGGUUGGUGAUUUCAACCAAUGGAGCCGCCAGUCGCACCCUAUGAAGAAGAAUGAGUUUGGAGUCUUCGAAAUAACGGUGCCGCCCACUGCUGCUGGGGAACCGGCGAUUCCUCACAACUCCAAGGUCAAGAUCUCCUUAUUCCUCCCCAAUGGACAACUUAUAGAUCGCCUUCCGGCGUGGAUCAAGUAUGUCACGCAGGAUCUCUCCGUAUCGCCUGCCUACGACGCCAGGUUCUGGAAUCCCCCAUCCAGCGAGAGGUAUACAUUCAAGAACUCCCGCCCCAAGAAGCCUAAGAGUGUGCGUGUGUACGAGGCCCAUGUUGGCAUUUCCUCGCCUGAGCUGCGUGUAGCCACGUACAAGGAGUUCACCAAAAACAUGCUCCCUCGCAUCAAGAAACUUGGGUACAACGUCAUCCAACUUAUGGCCAUUAUGGAGCACGCCUACUAUGCCAGCUUUGGCUACCAGAUUAACAACUUCUUUGCCGCAAGCAGCCGCUAUGGCACCCCGGAGGAUCUCAAAGAGCUUAUUGAUACCGCUCACGGCAUGGGGCUUACUGUUCUACUCGACGUGGUCCACAGCCACGCGUCCAAGAACGUUUUGGAUGGUAUCAACGAGUUUGACGGGACCGACCAUCAGUACUUCCACGCAGGCGGCAAAGGCAGACAUGACCAGUGGGACAGCAGGCUGUUCAACUAUGGCCAUUAUGAAGUGCUUCGAUUCCUUCUCAGCAAUCUCCGAUUUUGGAUGGACGAGUAUCAAUUUGAUGGCUUCCGUUUUGACGGCGUGACAAGCAUGCUGUAUAUCCAUCACGGCAUGGGAACUGGCUUUUCUGGCGGCUACCAUGAGUAUUUCGGCCCGGAUGCCGACGAGGAGGCGCUCGUAUAUCUCAUGCUGGCAAACAAGAUGCUUCAUGAUCUGUACCCCGAGGUGAUUUCCAUUGCAGAGGAUGUCUCUGGCAUGCCGACUCUAUGCCUUCCUUGGUCAGACGGCGGAGUGGGCUUUGAUUAUCGUCUUGCCAUGGCCAUCCCAGACAUGUGGAUCAAGAUCCUCAAAGAGAAAAAAGACGAAGAAUGGGACAUUGCCGAUAUUUGCUGGACUCUGACGAACAGACGGCAUGGCGAGAAGACCAUCGCGUACUGCGAGAGUCACGAUCAGGCACUUGUUGGCGACAAAACUCUUAUGAUGCACCUCUGCGACGCCGAGAUGUACACUCACAUGUCAACACUGACACCCCUCACUCCUAUCAUCGACCGCGGGAUGGCUCUCCACAAAAUGAUUCGCCUGCUCACUCAUGGUCUCGGAGGCGAGGGUUAUCUCAACUUUGAGGGGAAUGAGUUUGGACAUCCCGAAUGGCUUGACUUCCCUCGCGAGGGCAACCAGAACUCAUUCUGGUACGCAAGGCGUCAACUAAACCUAACCGAGGACGAUCUUUUGAGAUACCGGUUCCUCAACGACUUCGAUGCCGCCAUGAAUAACUGCGAGGAGAAACACGGCUGGCUCAGUGCUCCCCAGGCGUACAUUUCACUCAAGAACCAGUCUGAUAUGGUAAUCGUCUUUGAACGUGCAGGUGUGGUUUUUGCUUUCAACUUCCACCCAACCCAGAGCUUCGCCGACUACAGAAUCGGAGUUGAUGUGUCUGGCACAUACAAGGUCGCUUUGACCACGGACGACAAGGAAUUUGGAGGCCAUGGGCGUAUCGACAGCUCCACUCGAUUCUUCACCACCCCAAUGGAGUGGAAUGGUCGAAAGAACUGGACUCACGUCUAUCUUCCCAGCCGUACCGCUAUCGUCCUUGAGCUGGAGUAA